GUAUAUUGUCUUUUUCACAGUCGAUUUGCCAGUUGCUCAGCUAAAGCCGGAGAUGUGUGAAAACCAACUGCUUCAGAAAUGAGGUUGAGUCUGUGCGGCAGCAAAAACACCUGCUACAGAAAGACCUCGAGUCUGUGCACCGGGAAAAAGAGCAUCUAGAGCAAGAGCUCGACAAAGAGAAAGCGAUCAAUAAAAUGGUGAUGAAAGCAGCUUCUAACCACUUCGAGUCCAAAAUAACCAAAUACGAAGGAAAGCUAGCACAGAGUAAUGAGCGAAACUCUGAACUAAAGAGAGAGAACCAGGAUAUGCGCCAAAGACUGGCGAAAGAGAAACGGAGGACAGCCAAACAGGAAGAAAAGUUAAAGAGCCUCAAGAAAAAGCUAUUGAAAAUGAGUUCUGAAACCAGGAGAGGGUCUAGUCGGUCUGUAGUGAGUGACAUAGAAGAAGAUGAGUUACCAUCAGACAUUUGCUCCAAAAUGAAGGCAAGGUCCAGCCAGUCUGAAUCGAGUGACAUGGAAGAAGACAAGAAUUCGUGGAAUGCUUCAGUGACUAGUACCGACAGACUGGAAGAAGAAGAGGAAGCGGAGGAAGUAAUUCAGGGGCGUUGCCAGCUCUCAGCAGAGCCAAGAUAUUCCCACUGAGUAUGGAUUCCAGGACGAAUUUGUGUACAAAGGAGAGGAACACGUGUGGUCAUGUGAAGACCAUGGAAUAAGAAUUUCGUUUCCCCGACACACCCACAAGAAAGAGAUUCGCGUUGCCCUUAUGUCCCUCAACAACUGCAGCGAAGUGAUUGAUAUUCACGGCGACAAGGACGCAGAGUUUGUCAGCGCUGUCUACCGCGUUCAGCUCAGCUCGCCACUGCCUGCUCCAGUCACUGUCGAGGUACAGCACUGCUGUCCACAUCGCGCACCCUGACGUAGCCUCUUCGCUGACUUUCGUGCGAACAAACUCGGGGGAAGAAUGCUUCAUGCCCAUCGAAGGCGGUCAGUUUGACGUUGAUUCUAGCUACGGGAAGAUACAACUCUCCCAUUUCUGUCGCUUUGGGAUUGCGAAAUGGUUCAGCCGUAACAGGGACAUCAUGUAUGUCACCAGUCUAUUUGCCCGCAGUAACGAAGGACCACUAACACAUUAUAUGGAUGUGGUGGUUACCAGAGACCUUGAGGAACAUCUUAAUCAACUGAAAUCUGGAAAAUACAACAAAGAGUCUGGUUGGAUCGCAAAUGAUCAAUUCUCGGUCAAGAUCAACGGUACACUCACAGUCAAAUGUGAUUCUGGGCAAGAUCUUGAUAAAUGGAUGAUAACAGAUCUUCGAAAGAAAGCAAAGAUCACACAGAGAUUGGUCGAUGCCUACAGACCAGGACGGUGCAUCCCUUGCCUCCCAAUAAAGGCAACGUGGGAAUCCCGCGAGCCUCCUAAGAUGACGAAAAACCUCUCCAUGACACUGAGCGGAGCAGUGGACCCAGUUGGAGAGGAAGUCAACUUUAUCUUCGAAUGUGUUCCCUACAUUUAUACAAAACGUUCAUCUGUCACUUCUGACACAUCCACACCGUGCAGUUCAAUCGGGAGACCACUCAGCCGAGUAGAGUGCCCCUCAAAUUACCCCAUAUUUGAUAAGGAAGUUAUCCUGAGGAAACUGACUUGCAUGAGGUUUGUGGAUGAGUAUGGCCGGGAGAGGGAGUUGAGGGUGAAGGAUGAGCUGGGAGCCGGCUGGAGGGACCUGGCGUCACAACUGGAGUUUACUGCAGCCAGAAUCGAAGUUCUUUCCCACAGCCACACCCCAGUGCACGACAUGAUCUCGACGUGGCUGCAAAAGGACGAGAAGCGUAGCUGGAGAAGGUUUAUUGAGAAACUGAGUGAUGCUGGCCUUAAAUCGCUUGCAACUGACUUGAGAUAUGCUCUAAUGCACCUUGUCGAUAUUUGACACAA